CGAAGAGUGGCGAGGAGACAUGGCCGUCGCGGGUCUUUACCGGCGAAUACUCCCUUCUCCGCCCGCUAUUGAGUUCGCCUCGUCGGAAGGGAAGAGAUUAUUCUCUGAGUCUCUUCAAAAUGGAACAAUGGAGGGGUUCUUCAAGUUAAUUUCUCACUUCCAAACACAAUCUGAGCCUGCAUACUGUGGAUUGGCCAGCUUGUCUAUGGUCUUGAAUGCUCUUGCAAUAGAUCCACAGAGAAAGUGGAAAGGUCCUUGGAGAUGGUAUGAUGAGUCCAUGUUAGAUUGUUGUGAACCUUUGGAGAAAGUUCAAACUGAUGGUAUCACAUUUGGGAAAGUUGCUUGCUUGGCUCAAUGUGCUGGAGCUAAAGUCGACUCUUUCCGUACGAAUCAAAGCACCAUAGAUGAUUUUCGUAACCAUGUUGUCAAAUGCACCUCUUCAGAACACUGCCAUUUGAUAGCAUCAUAUCACAGGAAACCUUUUAAACAGACAGGAACUGGCCAUUUUUCACCAAUUGGUGGAUAUCAUGCAGAAAGUGACAUGGCACUCAUUUUGGAUGUGGCCCGUUUUAAAUAUCCUCCUCAUUGGGUUCCACUUGCUCUUCUUUGGGAAGCCAUGGAUACAAUUGAUGAAGCAACUGGGCGUCCACGGGGGUUUAUGCUUAUUUCGAGUCAUCAGAGAGCCCCAUCCUUGCUUUAUACAUUGAGCUGCAGAGAUGAAAGUUGGGUGAGCAUGGCAAAGUACUUGAUUGAUGAUGUACCUAUUCUCCUGAAGUCUGAGGACCUAAAAAAUGUUCAUGAAGUUCUGUCUCUCCUACUAAUGUCCUUGCCUGCAUGUGCUGGAAAUUUCAUCAAAUGGGUUGCAGAAGUUAGGAGACAAGAGGAAGAAGGAUCUAGCUUAAGCAAAGAGGAAAAGGAUAGGCUUGCCGUGAAGGAAGAGGUACUGCAACAAGUUCAUGAAACCGAGCUAUAUAAGUGUGUGACAGACUUGUUAUCUUCUUCAACCUCAAAUUGCAAGCUAAGAAAAAAAGAUUCAUUGACGGAGAUUGCAGCUAAUGUCUGUUGCGAAGGAGCAGCUCUGUUAUCCGGAGGCCUAACAUCUAGAAAUGGAAUUUGUUGCAGAACAUGUAUUAGAUGCUUGAAGGAUAACGGUGAUGAACAUACGACCGUUGUCUCUGGGACAGUAGUUUCAGGUGGCGGCAAUGAACAGGAGGUUGAUAUGCUGGUACCGGUAUCAAAAGCAACGGCAAGGAGCAGUUGUGAUACCACAUUGAAUAAUUGCAUUGUGAUGCACCCUGCAAACAAUGAUGUUUUAACCGUUCUGUUAUUGGCUUUACCUCCCUCUACCUGGUUGGACAUUCAGGAUGAGAGCUUGUUGGCUGAAAUCCAAGGUCUUGUUUCAACCGAGAAUCUACCUGAUGCUCUUCAACAAGAGGUUUUGCACUUGCGGUGGCAACUCCAUUAUCUAAAGAGGUGUAAAGAUAAGGAAGUAGAUAAUGAUCUUACAUUGCCUUAGUUCAUUUGGUGCGACCAUUUUUGCAUCUUCCUUUGUAAUCAGAGGACAUAAAAUUGUGAUAUUAAACUUGAUAGAUCAUUGCUUGUACUGUGGCUAGUCAUCGCAUAAAAGAUGAGCCAAACGAUUGACAGGAAAAGAUCAUAUUGUUGGGACCUUAUUACAUCUAUAUUUUCUCAUCCUUGGAUGUGUUGUUUGGUGUGCUGUUCUGAAUAUUGACGAGAAAUAGAGAAUCUAAUAGGUAACUUUGAGAAUCAAGGGCUGAUCGAAAUAUAGAGAAUAUAUGAUACCAAAUAUAAUGAUCAUUUGGAUGAUGUCGUUUUAAUUGAA